AUGCCGGCAGUUCCGCCCGUCUCACGGCAACAAGCCCUUUCCUCCAUCGUCGAGCAAUUCACCCUCUCCAAACCUCUUCUGGAAUCCCUCAUCGCCCGCUUCCAUGAACUCUACGAUUACGGUCUCUCCCACGAUGGAGCUGAAAUGCAAAUGAUUCCAUCCUUCGUCACCGGAGUCCCCACCGGUUCCGAAAAGGGUACUUACCUCGCUCUCGAUCUCGGUGGAACCAAUCUUCGCGUUUGCGAAGUCGCUUUGGACGGCAAAGGCACUUUCUCCAUCAAACAGGAAAAGUAUCGCGUUUCGGAUGCGCUCAAGCAAGGACCUGUUCGCGAUCUCUUUGAUUAUAUGGCAAGAAGCGUUGAUAACUUCUUGACCGACUUCGGUGCUCUUGUCAACGAUACCGUAGGUGCGCUGUUGGCCCAUGCUUAUGCAUCGAAAGGUGCACUGAUCAGUGCUAUCUUUGGUACCGGUACCAAUGGCGCUUAUCUGGAAAGCAUUGAUAAGAUCAAGAAACUCAAGGCUGCGCAAGGAUCGAUCAGUCACAUGGUCGUCAACACGGAAUGGGGUGGAUUCGAUGAUCAGCGUAAAGCUCUCCCGAAUCAUAUCUUUGAGAAGAUGAUCUCGGGCAUGUACCUUGGCGAAGUGGCUAGAUGUGUGCUUUUGCACUUGAUCGAUCAGUUGGUGUUGUUCCAGGGGUACAGCUCGGCGUUGAUGAAUAGGCAGUAUGCUUUCGAUACGGCGUACAUGUCUGCGGUCGAAGCUGAUAAGGAGGAUGCCAGUUCGCCUAGCAGUGCGACCAGGAAAGUGCUGGUGGAAACGAUGAAGAUCAAGCCUGAGUAUGUCUCAGCGGAAGAUGUGGAGACGAGUACGGGACCGGAAGAUGAUGGAGUGAAAGUGGGCAUGGAUGGUAGUGUGAUGAGUAUUAUCCAAACUUCGAGGUACGCAUGCGCAGUGCACUACGCCGAAUUGAUUGGCGACGAGGGCGAGAAGCGCGUCAAGAUCGGUCUUGCAAAGGAUGGAAGUGGUGUAGGAGCUGCAUUGGGCGCGCUGCAAGCGGCUAAACAGGCUGCCAGCGGUCAUCCAACAUCGGAUCAUGAGGGAGCAAGAUUGUAUUCGAGCAUCGAAGAGGCCAGGGCAGACGGAACAUAA